GGUUGCAGACCCACUCGUCCCUAGUGCUUGUUUGGGCCUGGCCAGAGAGGAAGGGCACCCUUGCUUUUUAUCUGUAUUUUACCCACUAGCCGAAAUCCUGCCAAGACGCCCCUAGGGCCCACAUUAGUGUCCUUCUGGCUCGGCCCGAAUAUGUUGGAUGGCCUCAAGAUGGAAGAGAACUUUCAAAGCGCGAUUGAAACCUCGGCUUCCUUCUCUUCGCUGUUGGGCAGAGCGGUGAGCCCCAAGUCUGUCUGCGAGGGCUGUCAGCGGGUCAUCUCGGACAGGUUUCUGCUGCGGCUCAACGACAGCUUCUGGCACGAGCAGUGCGUGCAGUGCGCCUCCUGCAAAGAGCCCCUGGAGACCACCUGCUUCUACCGGGACAAGAAGCUGUACUGCAAGUACGACUAUGAGAAGCUGUUCGCCGUCAAGUGUGGAGGCUGCUUCGAGGCCAUCGCACCCAAUGAGUUUGUCAUGCGUGCCCAGAAGAGCGUGUACCACCUGAGCUGCUUCUGCUGCUGUGUGUGCGAGCGCCAGCUUCAGAAGGGUGACGAGUUUGUCCUGAAGGAGGGACAGCUGCUCUGCAAAGGGGACUAUGAGAAGGAACGGGAGCUGCUCAGCCUCGUGAGCCCAGCAGCCUCAGACUCAGGCAAAAGUGAUGAUGAAGAAAGUCUUUGCAAGUCAGCACAUGGAGCAGGGAAAGGAGCUCCUGAGGAUGGCAAGGACCAUAAACGUCCCAAACGUCCCAGAACCAUCUUGACAACCCAGCAAAGGAGAGCAUUCAAAGCGUCAUUUGAAGUAUCCUCCAAGCCCUGCAGAAAGGUACGGGAGACUCUGGCUGCGGAGACAGGACUGAGCGUCCGUGUUGUUCAGGUGUGGUUCCAGAACCAGAGAGCCAAGAUGAAGAAGCUGGCCCGGCGGCAGCAGCAGCAGCAGCAAGACCAGCAGAACACCCAGAGGCUAAGUUCCGCUCAGACAAAUGGUGGUGGGAGUGCCGGGAUGGAUGGGAUCAUGAACCCCUACACGGCUCUACCCACACCACAGCAGCUUCUGGCCAUUGAGCAGAGUGUCUACAACUCCGACCCCUUCCGACAGGGUCUCACCCCACCCCAGAUGCCUGGAGAUCACAUGCAUCCCUAUGGUGCUGAGCCCCUCUUCCAUGACCUGGAUAGUGAUGACACAUCCCUCAGUAACCUGGGUGACUGCUUUCUAGCAACCUCAGAAGCCGGACCCCUGCAGUCCAGAGUGGGAAACCCCAUCGACCAUCUCUACUCCAUGCAGAAUUCCUACUUCACCUCUUGAGUCGUCCUCUAGCAUUGCGUGGCUAGGCUCCCAUAUGGAACAACCAUAGUGUCUGAGGGGUUGCUGGCUUUAGGAUGGGAGGCCAGAGAAGUGGGUUGGGGAGGGAGUUUUGACGGGGAUGCUGUUGUAUAAUGAUAAGGUGUAGCUCAGCAUUUCCAAAGACUGAAUACAUUAUGGAUUGCAUAGUUUAAUGUUUCUAAUAAGAGUCUUAGCAUUAGAUAUGAAGAUGUGUUUAUCAUUAAGGACAGGGACUUUUAAUAUAGAUAUUCUCAUGCAAAUUAGGUACCUAGGGACUCCUAACAACUUCCCACCAUUGUGGGGAAGUGCUUGACAAGAGGUGCAUAUGUCUAUUCAAUCUAUACACCCAUAGACAGACAGACAGACAGAUAGAUGUGUGUGUGAGUGUGUAACCUUUCAUACUUUAUCAUCAAAGUUUAUUCCUAAUUAUAACAGACACCAACUGUACAGCAGAAGUAACUUUAUUUUCAGUGUGAACUAUAUUUAAGGAAAUGCUUGAUGCACUUAAGUUAUAAAAUGAGAUAAUUUACUUUUAUAAACUUUAUUUUUAGUUUGAAGAGACUUGUCGGCAGGGCAGAGAGGGCUGCUCCACCUGGCCCCGUGGCUUUGAGUGCUUGAGUUUAUUCUGUUUUCAGAGUAUUGUUGAGGUCUAGAAAGCAACUGUGCAACUCUGCACGGCUGGUGGCAUGCUGUAGUGGACUCCUGUUUCCUCUGGGGUAGAAUCAUGGGCCUUGGGUAGGACAGAAUGAUCCCUCGUCAUAUUUUCCACUUAGAAAACCCCACAACUCUUGGACUUAUGUUUUAAUUCUGACAUGGCUGUUGAGCAGUGUUAGCUCAUGAGUCUGCUCUCUAGCCUCAGCAUCUGUGAGGGUGGAUAAGGUGGAUAGCCAUACCUACCUCCCUGGGGACACUAAGGCUCCACUCCAGGACAUGAUCAGACCUGAGAGUGAAGUCUUAUACUACUUAAAACACAACCAGACCAGGCGCUUGACGAGAGAGAUGCCUGUGACUGCACAGCUCCCAAACCUCAAGCUCUGUCCCUUUGCAGAACCCACAUGGCAGAGACUUAGCUUCAAGGGGUGACAGAAUCUUUCCAUGACAAAAAUGCUUCCACCAAGAAGGUGGAGGAGAGAUGGUAGUGGUCUAGAAUGAGGUCUCAUAAACUAUGACCUAUAUAUCCAUUUUUUGAAAGGGUCAUGUAAAAAAAAAUCAAACAAACAGAAAACAACUCACAAGUGAUAAGACUGUAUAGGACCCAGAAAGCCUGACUACCUUGUGAUCUCUCCUUGACUCUUCAUGUGGAGGGCCCCUGUUCUAGAGGGUCUGUUGGUACACAGCCUUACGGAACUCAAAGAAACAGAAAGCACCCAGGUAGAAACCCAAGGCUCCGCCUUCCAACUCAUUUUAUAAGCCUCGAGCAUCGAAAACCCAGCAGCCAUUACAUACAGAGACAGUUCCGUACUCUCGUCUCUAAUUAUGGUGCUAGGGUGGGAUCUUUCUGUGCUAGGAUCCUCCUGGGCAGUCAGAGUGGGUCACAGGGAAGACAGAAGGGCAACUGGGACUCCACUGAGAGGGGUUGUGACAGUCUUGGCCUUAUGUCUAGGGACAUCAUUGGAGCAUUGAACUCAUCCACAUGUCUCCUUCACUCUCCGCAGGGCCAGAGGGAGCACGCCCCCUUAUGGUAUAGUCAAUGUUGUGUGUUUUCCGUGCUCUCGUUUAUGACUUCUGAACACCACCAUGACCCCAACACCAGUCUGAUGGGUGAGAGUGAUACACGUUUUGUGUGGCACCACAGGUGGUUUUGGUACAAAUCAGCUGGAGAAUAUGUGGCACAUGUUACAUGUGAGGGGAAAUGAAUAGAGAUCCUUAACUCCACUCUUCAAUGGCAUACCAAGAUGAAAUUAAAAACCUCUUACAAAUGACCUGUUGUUUAUUCCGGGCAGGAUGGUGGGCAGGGGACCAGGGGCAUCUGGGGAUUUUAUCCACAGGGCAUGGGGAUGUGUUUAUGGUGAUAUGUUGAAUAAAGGGGAAGAAUGAUUAUGUCAGACCUAAAGGGUGGGAGGAGAGUUUUCAGCCUCAUGGCAAAGUGGAAAAGGACCCCAAUUUUUACCAUCCCUCCCUACAGAGGGAGGUACUGGGAACAUUCUGUUGUCACCACACACCUCACUGA